GCUCGCCUCUCCUCCUCCCUCUUUUUUAUACUUGCUCCGGCCGCCUUCAUCUGCUCUCUUCUCCCCCACCCUUCCUCAUCAGCUUCCCACGCAAGCCCGUCGCGUCCACGACCGGUGGUUGCCGCGCCCGCGACUGGCCGGUGGCGACUGCGCGCGCGCGCUUUUAUGCUCCACGCAGCUCGCUUCUUGGACUCUUGUAGCAGCGCGGCUAGCGGUGGUGCACCCGGGCCCGGAGCCAAGAUUCUGCAGCUGCCAUGGAGGUCGACACAUCGUCCGCGACGGCCAAGAGCGGCGGGGCGCAGCCGCAUACGCUGCUGCCGCCUCCCGGCCCGCCCGCCAAGAAAAAGCGUGCCCUCCCCGGCAUGCCAGAUCCCGACGCGGAGGUGAUCGCGCUGUCGCCCAAGACGCUGAUGGCGACGAACCGGUUCGUGUGCGAGAUCUGCAACAAGGGGUUCCAGCGGGACCAGAACCUGCAGCUGCACCGGCGGGGCCACAACCUGCCGUGGAAGCUCCGGCAGCGGAGCGGCAAGGAGGUGCGCAAGCGGGUGUACGUGUGCCCGGAGCCGAGCUGCGUGCACCACGACCCCUCCCGCGCCCUCGGCGACCUCACCGGCAUCAAGAAGCACUUCUGCCGCAAGCACGGCGAGAAGAAGUGGAAGUGCGAUAAGUGCUCCAAGAAGUACGCCGUGCAGUCCGACUGGAAGGCGCACGCCAAGACCUGCGGCUCCCGCGAGUACCGCUGCGACUGCGGCACCCUCUUCUCCCGGAGGGACAGCUUCAUCACCCACCGCGCCUUCUGCGACGCGCUGGCAGAGGAGAGCGCCAAGGCGCGCGCCCCGCCGCCGGAGGACGGGAGCUCCGGCGCGGCUGCCCCGCAGGCGCCACCACCAGCCGCUCCGGUGCCACUGCAACAGCUGCCGCCAGCGCCGGCCCCGGCGCCCGCGCCGCAGCAGCACGAGGAGCAAGAGCGGGAGAUCGGCGCCGCGCCUGAGCCCGUCGUCCAGUACACGCCGCCGGCGCCGCUGAUGCCGUCCCCGCCCUCGGUCAACGGCGCCAAUGUCAGUGCCAGCACCAGCAGCGUCGCGGCCACGUCGCAGAGCCUCCUCGGCAGCAUGUUCGCGCCGUCUUCCGUGGCCCAGACGGCGCAGUAUCCGGAGCGCGCGCUGGCAGCCAAGCCCCCGUCGCUGUGCCUCGCGACCGACGCCGCGUCCGCCCAGUUCUCGGCCCCUACGGCUGACCGGCAGCAGCAGCUCGUGCAGCCGCCGCCGUCGCCGUCCCCAUCGGCGCACAUGUCCGCCACGGCGCUGCUUCAGAAGGCGGCGCAGAUGGGCGCCACCUCGUCGAGCUCCUCGUUCCUGCGUGGGCUGGGCCUCGACAUCUCGUCGUCGUCGCCGGCGUCGACGUCGUCAGGUCAGCAUCAACAGCAGCACCACCACCACCAGCAACACCACCAGGAGCCCAUGCAGAUGCAGUUCCCGGAGGGUUCGCUGCAGCAAUGGCCGCCGCGGUUGGAGCCCGAGCCGGCCCCGAUGAUGUCGGCCGGGCUGGGCCUCGGGCUGCCAUACGACUCGACCGGCGGUCCGAUGGGGUUGCCGGAGCUCAUGAUGGGCCAGUCAUCACUGUUCAGCGCCAAGCCGGCCACGCUGGACUUCCUGGGGCUGGGGAUGAGCCCCACGGGGGCGACCACGAGCAGGGGCCUCCCCGUGUUCAUGCAGCCCAUGGGCGGCGCGGUCGGCAUGGCCCGGACCGGCUCCGGCCCUCCAGACACGUUCGGCUCCGGCCGGGGCGCUCAGGCCAAGCCGUGGGAGAGGAACCCGAGCAGCUCGCCGAUCCUGUAAAAGGACUGCUGGGAAAGUAGUAACACGUAGCACAGCAGCUGUAAAAUGCUGCUUGUGUCUAAUUAGCAGCAGCUAGUCGUCAGUCCUUGGCCGUUCUUUUGUUUUCUUAGGUCACAAUCAAGAAAGUAAGUUACUUUUGUUCCUUUAGGCUUCAGCUUAGUACUAGUACGACGCCUGCCCUGAAGCAAAGUUUCUUUUGAAGUUCACAGAUCAGUCAGUGUCUUCCUCCAUCA